AUGGAACAUUCUGAUCAACUGGGUUUCAACCUAAAAGAUGUCCUGAAAAAGCUGGACAAGACCGAGUUGAACAAUUUCAAGAGUACAUUAAAGAGCUGUUCUCUACCACAGACAAUGAAGCAGAUCCCCAAGCUGAUAAUGGACCUGGCCAAUGGAGCUCAACUAGCAGAAAUUCUCACAGACUACUGCCCCAGUGAUUGGGUAAAGAGAGUUACCUUCAAGAUCUUAGAGGAAAUAAACCGUGCAGAUCUAGCUGAGUUAGUAAUGAAGCAAGUCGAAGAAGCAGCAUCAAAAGCAUCGGAAGAAAAGGUUUCUUCUAAACCAAGAGAACCCUUGAAGACAUCACUUUUUCCACAGGAUUUCGUUCAAGGAGAUGAAAGACCAGAGCACAAACAUAAAAAGGAAUGGAGGAAUAUGUACAAUGAUAAAUGGAAGAAGAACUUCUGGCCUAAAUGCAAUAAAGAAAUCUAUGUGGAUACUGAGAGCUACAGGACACUCCUGACAUUGUGUAACCCGAAGAUAGAAGCGCCAUUUGCUUAUACAAUUGUGCUGCACGGCCCUCCAGGCUCUGGAAAAACCACAAUGGCAAGGAGGUUAAUGCUAGAAUGGUCAGAGAGUAAGCAGGCCCAGAGUUUUUCAUGUGCCUUCUACAUCAGCUGCAGGAAACUUAAUAAUAGUAAACCUUGCACUUUUGGCCACCUCCUCUCCAUGGACAAUCCCUCCUGGAGAUACUAUAUGAUUCGGCGUCUAGUCCUGUCAGAACAAUUCUUAUUUGUGGUAGAUGGUUUUGAUGAGCUGACAUUCCCAGCAGGAGCUCUGCUCCGUGACAUCUGUGGUGACUGGAACACAGUGAAGCCUGUAGAGGUCUUACUGAGCAGUUUGCUUAUGAGGAAGAUGGAACCUCAUAGCACACUGCUGGUAACCACACAAACACAGUCUUUGCACCAAAUCUACCUCAUGGUAGAUCAGCCUGUCCUAGUAGAAACUCAGGGUUUCUUAGAGCAGGAAAAACAGGAGUACUUUCAGCAAUACUUUGAAGAUGAUGAGGGCGAGGAAGAGGGUGAAGGUGAGGGAAAGGCACUGAGAGCUCUCAAGGAAGUGAAAUGCAAUGAACCUCUCUUCCAAAUGGCCUCACUUCCUGCUGCGUGUGGAAUAUUCUGCCUCUGUCUGGAGCUAGGAAUGAAGAAGGGGGAAGACCUGGCUCUGACAUGUCAGACCUACACCUCUAUGUUCCUGAACUUCCUCUGCAGAGUCUUCCUACAAGAAGCCUGUGAUGGCCAUCUCAACAAGCAACUCCAAAUCUUAUUCAAGAAAAUAUGUAUCCUGGCUGCCGAUAGUCUCUUAGAACAGGUGCCCAUACUCUGUGAAGAAGACUUCUUGAAAUUAAAAUUGAACCUGAAUAAAUUGCAUCCUGUGGUGUACAGGUGCAUCUUUCUUGAGGACAGUUCCUGUGCAAGCUGUCUUUCUUUCAUCUGCCUCAGUAUCCAGCAGCUCCUGGCUGCCAUAAUAUUUGUUCAGGAACUUGGGCAAGAAAGCAAGGAUGUCUCUAAAUAUAGUAUACAGAAGAUGCUUUCUAGGGAAGCAAGGUUGAAGAACCCCAACCUGUCUGGAGUGCUGCCAUUUGUAUUUAGCCUCCUGAACAAAACUCAUAUUCAAGAGCUGGAGACCAUUUUUGGCUGCCAAAUAUCAAUGGGGGUCAAGAGAAAAUUCCUGGAGUGUGAGUUGGGGGGAAAUAAACCCUUCCUAUUACUGAUGGAUCUGCAAGAGAUCUUUUCCUGUCUCUAUGAAUCUCAGGAGGAGGAGUUUGUGAAAGAAGCCAUGGCCCUCUUUGGGGAAGUCUCCUUGCAUUUGAAAACCAACAUGGACCUCAUCCAUGCUUCAUUCUGCCUCAAGAACUCUCAGAACUUGCAGACAAUGUUCCUUAAAAUAGAAAAGGCAGUCUUCCCAGAGAAUUUUGCUACACUGGAGUCCACAGCUGAGGACCAAAGGUUCCAGGACAAAAAAUGCAUGCUAACUCUCUGGACAGACUUUUGUGACACAUUUCAUUCAAAUGAGAAACUGGCCUUUCUAGAAAUCCAUGAAAGCUUCCUCAACAGCUCUUCACUGGAGAUUCUUUGUGAAAAGCUGUCCUCUGCUCCCUGCCAUCUCCAGAAAGUGGUCCUCAAAAAUAUUUCCCCAGAUGAUGCGUACGAGAAAUUAUGCCUCAUUUUUUGUGGUUAUGAAACCAUCUCACAUCUGACUUUGCAAGGUGGUAAACUGGAUAGCAUGAUUCACUCACUGUGUAAGGUUGUGAAAAAUCCAGCAUGCAACCUGAAGUUUCUCAGCCUGGGAUCUUGUUCUACCACUGCUCAGAAAUGGGAUGACUUCUUCCCAGCCCUGAAAGCCAAUCAAUCCCUGAUAAGUCUGGAUCUCACAGACAAUAAUCUCUUGGACAAGGGUGUGAGGCUUCUAUGUAAUACUUGGAAGCAAUCAAAGUGCAUACUGCAGAGGGUAUCGUUGGAGAACUGUCAUCUCACUGAAGUCUGUUGCAAGGACCUCUCUUCUGUUCUGAUGGUCAGCCAGACUCUAACACACCUUAGCCUGGCCAAGAAUGAACUUGGAGAUAAUGGAGUGAAAAAACUGUGUGAAAGCUUAAGCUUCCCCAAAUGCAAACUACAGACCCUGGUUCUGUGGUCCUGUAACAUCACCAGCAAUGGUUGCCACUAUCUCUCAAAGAUGCUCGGACAAGCACCAAGCCUGAAGCACUUGGAUCUGGGGCUAAAUCGAAUUGGAACCACAGGUGCAAAGUUUUUGUGUGAGGCUUUGAAGAGCCCCAAGAGUAACUUGAAAAGUUUGUGGCUGUGUGGAUGCUCCAUCAUUCCAACGAACUGCAAAGACUUCUCUGAGAUUCUCAGAAGCAACAAGAGCCUGAACACUCUAGACCUGUCUCAGAACGUCAUGGGAACUGAUGCAGUAAAGAUAUUCUGUGAAUCCUUGAAACUCCAAAUUUGUCCCCUCCAAACACUCAGGUUGAAAUUUGAUGAAGCUAACCCCAGUAUCCAGAAGCUGAUCCAAGAAAUGAAGGAGAGCCAUCCACAGUUGAGCAUUACCAGUGACCAAGUGGAUCCUAAGAAAAAGAGUCAUUCUUCCCCUCAUUUCAUUUUUUGA